UCCCCCUUUUCUUUGGAUUGGUCCGAGGGCGGUAUUGUUGUUGUUGGAGUACAGAAUCGUCUCUCUCUCGAUGCAGGUUGCAGCAAUAUUGAUAUUGUUGUAUUGGAAAUUGGAAAGUUUAGCUCGCUAGAUCUGAAUUUCAACUUCUUGUAAUUCUUGAUAUAUAGAACCCCUUCCCAUUUGGUUUUCUUGUACCAAUUAGAUCCCUUUUGAUGUGGGAUUCUCUCAUACAGCCCAAAAUUGACGGAAAAAUCAAGCCUUUUUGUCCUAAAAAAAAGGAAAUGGCGGCUGUUAAUAUGUGGUGGAUUAUGUGUAUGGUGCAUUGCUGCACAGAACAAGGAUUAGCCCUCCAUUUUUCUGGAGGGGAUGGCUUGGAGAGGAUGGUAAAUCAAAUGUUUCCUGCUUUGGAAAUAUAAGACUGCUUGUUUGAGAGAAGGGGUGUUUAAGACCCCUUGUGACGAGCUGCUUCUCAAUGCAUUGCCACACUGCAAGAGUUGCCUUUCUGUCUCCCAAAUCUUGUCAGCCGCAGAGGAUGGCAUGUGUUGUUCAUCUUGCUGGCACAGGGGCCAUUCGUUUGAGCGGAGGUUACGUCUUGGUGGGCCCCUACUGAAGGAAAACAUAGCAACUAUGGUGCUUGAGAGCCUUUUCUAUGGAAGAAGGUGCCCUUUGCAGCAGUAUGGUGCAAAGCUGUUGUGUGUUAGUGAUUUGCUCCUAUUAGGAAGAGCCACCAUCGAAGAGGCUCGUAGCUUUCUGCAUUGGUUAGACUACGAAGCUGGUUUUGGUAAAAUGGGUGUCUGUGGCCAUAACUUUCUCCACAGAAAGUUGCCUUGACAAUUGAGGAUGAGUUUGAUAUGAGUUUUGAAAAUCAUUGUGUGUAGUUGAGUUGAACGGCAGGCUAUUAUUGGCAGGACGAUGGGUAUAUCCCGAAACACUCUGUGUUGGAGCUUCAGAAGGCAUGGCCAGGGUCUGAAGUAAGGUGGGUUUCUUGCGUCUUUCCUUCAUGAUACCAUACACGAUUAGGAUAAACGGUACGUAAAGUCUUCUUCAGUGCUAACUCACAUUUGUACUACAACUCAAAGGUUGGUUUAUCUUUUCAGUCUGAUUUGUGUUAUUAAAGGAUAAUACCUUGUUGAGAAACUGAAUAAAAUUGUGAAAUGUGUUUGU